AUGAAACAAGCUAUACCAACCGUCUUUAGAGAAGCACGUCACCGUUUGUGCAUGUGGCACAUCAUGAAGAAAUUUAAUCAAAAGUUGGCAAAAUGCAUUUCAAAGAUGGAUGAUUUCAAGAGGAAGAUAAAUGCACUGAUUUGGAGUAUAGAUAUAGAUCCAGCAACAUUUGAAGUAGGUUGGAAAGAUGUUAUGAAAGAAUUUAAGCUUAAAAGUAAUGAAUGGUUGUGUGAACUGUAUAACAUUCGGGAGUCAUGGAUUCCAACCUAUUAUGCUGAUGAUCCAAUGGCUGGGUUAUUUCGUACUACAUCAAUAUCAGAGAGUGAGAACAGUUUCUUUGACAAAUUCAACCGUAGAUCUGACACAUUGACAGAAUUUUACCUCCGAUACGAGAGUGCUAUGGAUAAGCAAAUGCAUACAAACGUAAGAUUAAACUAUGAAGGAACAAAGUCGAUGCCAAGAAUGGACACGCCAUUGUUAUUGGAGAGGGAUGCGGUAGAGUUGUACACUCGAACAAUGUUUUAUGAGGUACAGAAAGAGAUAAUAUCAUCCUGUUAUGAUAUGAGUAUCAACAGUAUAUCAGAACAAGAUGGUGUGAAGAUUUUUUCUAUAAAUGACAAAAAGAGACAUGGAAAAAUGUUUGAGGUGAAACAUGCUGUUUUGAACAAUGAUGUGCAAUGUACGUGUAGGAUGUUUGAGAAAAUGGGUAUAUUCAAGGAAAUAUCAGAACAGUGCAAUGCAAUUGAAGUUACAAAUCACAAGUUGAAUGAUAUAUGGUAUGAUUUCCAAUCCUGUGUGAGUUUGGCAGGUUUAGAUGGUGAGAGACUUGACUACUUGGAAGGGAAGUUGAAGGAGUUGAAGCACAGUUUGCGUGAAUCUAGUUGGAAAUCUGACACACAAAACAAAAAUGAUAUAAUGAAGUUUUUUAUUAGCUCAAAAAUACCAGCUGAAGUGAAUGUUAAACCUCCCAUUGAAGGUAGAAACAAGGGGUGUGGACGGAGAAUUGUUGGUGAUUAUGAGAAAUCAAUUAGUCAACGAAAGAAGAAGGUGCCAAGGCUGUGUAAUAUGUGCAAAAAACUCGAUUUCCAUGACACACGGACAUGCCCAUUAAAGAAAACAUUACAGCAGAGUGAUGUUUAA